CUCGCCACGCCUCGCCUCGCCUCACCUUCCCCUUCCUCGGCUCCAAUUCCCAGGCGGCUUCCAAACUCCAGCCGCCGCCCGUCGCCCCGUGCUCCGCUUUGCAUCGCUCGCCCUCGCCGCCGUGCGAGUCGCCUUUCCUCCCUCGUAGAGUCUUCAUGGUUUUGCUGGACUCGCUGUCUUCCUCAGCCUCCGUUGCCUCCUAAUUCGCCGCCGUUGGACAACUUCUCCGGCCGGCUGCUAGCCCCCCCAGGCCUGUUGCUACCGUUUGGAAGGUUCCUGUGGAGAUGAUCUCAUCUUGUCCCAUAUGCAAUAUACAAGUUCUUACAAUUGAGCUGGAACGGCACGCCAAUAGCCACUUCGACGAUGAUGAACUUCAAAGGGACAUGGAAUUGGCACAUCAGAUGACACUUUCUGAAUCGAAUACAGAUAUCAUGAAUGCUCCUGAACUUUGUAGAGGAUCAUUCACUAGUGAUUCUAGUGCUAGAGGGGCCUCAUCAAGCAUUUGUGGAUACUCGUCUCAUUAUGGAAAGGUAUUGGAUGAACAAAUUUCUUGUUUGGUUGGAGCACAAAUUAGAAGCCAAGUUCAAGAAAUAGAAGGUGGCAUUAUGAACUUGUUGAAUAUCUGCUUGGAAUCAGAGGGUGGCUCUUCCACAAGUAUAAUAUUGGGCCAUGUUGACCAUCAUCAGAGUCUUUCAUCAGAAGACAAGGGAUGGGGAUGUGGAUGGAGAAAUAUUCAGAUGCUAAGCUCUCAUUUGUUAAAGCAAAGACCAAAAGCAAGAGAAGUGUUAUUUGGUGGCUCUGGAUUUGUUCCUGACAUCCCUUCGCUCCAGAGGUGGCUUGAGAUUGCUUGGGAUAAAAAUUUCGAUACUAUUGGUUCGAGCCAUUUUCAUAACAAAGUUUAUGGUGCCAAGAAAUGGAUAGGGGCUACAGAAUGUGCUACCCUCUUCCGCUCUUUUGGUCUCCGUGCAAGGAUUGUAGAUUUUGAUAGCACAGAAUCAUCUGGCCUCCAAAGUAAGAAUGGAAAACGUGCAGUGAGUCAAGUACGAGGGCCUAUGGACAAGUUCUUGGUAAAGAGCAAUCCUCCAAGAUCAUCCUCUGAGCUUUGUCGUGAGGAUGCUGAAAGUAUGAGAGGCCAGCAGGUCCUUGUCGACUGGGUUUGGAACUACUUUGCAAGCGGGCAUUCUGAUAGAUUGGGCACACAAUGUGUCACUGUCAGCGAUAAAACCCCACUGUAUUUCCAACAUCAAGGUCAUUCAAGGACCAUAGUUGGGAUUCAAAAGAAGACGGGCCAUCAUGGUUCUCAGGACCAAUACACCCUUUUGAUUUUAGAUCCUGGCCAUAGAACAGCAGAUCUAGAAAGGUCUCUUAGAAGCAAAAGAGGAUGGCAGAGCCUGGUGAAAAGAGGUGUCCACACCCUCAGGAAGUCACAGUAUCAGUUGUGUUAUUUGGAUCCGGGAAUGGCUAAUUCAGAAGAAAUGGAGCAAUUGAAGACUAUUGAUAGUAUACUAGUCAGGUUUUAGAUUACUGAAAACAGGAUGAUGAUCAUAUUAUAUUGUGCACUCGGGGCACUCUUCCCUGUUUGAAGAUACAAGGACGACUAAUACAUUGUAGAGCUCUCCAAUUGGUUGUGCAAUGAUCUUUGAGGCAGCUCGACUGUUUGCACAUUGAAUCUGCCAGUUUACGGAACUUGCAUCUGAAUCUGUGAUCUGGAUGAACCAAAUAGCACUUGAUCGUGUUCUCUUUCAAGGCCAACUAAUGGGAGACCAUCACAGACAUUUCAACUGAAGUGGAAAAAUGUGUCUGCAUAUAAUAUCCAGCGGAUAUUAAGCUUGGACCCCAAGUGGUUAACUUUUUGUAACGCAUCUGAUGCUGCACACACUGCUGGCUAAAAUUCCUUUUUUCUUUUUCUUUUUUUUUUGUGAGGACUAGAAUAUUACUUGAUGCUUCAACAAUGUAUUCUAUGAGUUGGAAAUUGUUGAAGUCGCUUUCAGUUACAAGAUCAGGUUCCUCCAGCAAGCACCAUUGUCUUAGUGCCCCAAGUGGGUUGUGUGAAACAAGUCAGCUCAUCAGAUCUGUAAAUUCACAUUGAUUUUGUAUCUGUUCCUCAAAAUUAUGUACCUCUUUCUGAGAGUAUUACUUGAUACACUGCUCUUGGAUGAUGAUAACAUAUGAAUGUGACUUGCUUUGGGUUUGCUCC